AGAGUCUGCGGCGAAAGGGAGAAGCGAGGUCUUUUGUCGCGAGCGAUGGCAAGAAACGGUGAUGGAGACAUGACAGAGAGCAUUAUGCAUCAGCUCAUCGAUGAGGAGGCGCUGGGCGUGGCCUUUGAGAUGCACAGAGCCAUCAAGUUGGGCUACUACGAGCUCGUCUAUCCGGAUGAGAGCAGCUACGAGAAACACGAUGUGAUAGACAUGAAAGGCUACGACAUAUUUGGGAACACUCAGCAGAGCCUGCAAAAGAACGUGGACUGCCAGUGCCCCAACUGCGAUCGGACACUCGGGGCCACAAAGUUUGCCCCUCAUCUAGAGAAAUGCAUGGGGAUGGGGAGAAACAGCACUCGGCUGGCGAACCGCAAGUGAGCUCCUUCUCCCCCCCCCUCGCCCUCUCUCGUUUUCUCUUUUUUCUUCUUAUAUACAAACACUUUCGUAUCAGGCUUUCUCUCUCCAAAUUUUGUGUGUGAGUUUUGGACGCUCUUGUUGAUGUAUUGUUUGUUGACGCUACAAAUUCCUUGGGCAAUUCAAUGAGGGUGCGCUAUAACCUAUCACUCUGAUACAUGACAUGCAGUGUGAGUGUCAGUGGAUGUGUUGCUACAGGAACAAUAGGACCCCAGUGGAGAGUGACCAGGAAGGAGGCGGGGCACGGUCGGAGGAAGAAGACGAGUGGGUGUAUCCCGAGAGACGUGCCUCCAAGAAGGCACGCAGAGACAAGCAUCAUUCGUCCCCUAUAAGAACCACUGGCAGCCGACCGGGUCCAGGCAGACCGCCAAAGAACUCCCAACCGUCUCUCUCUUCAAGUUCUUCUUCAAGUAGCACCCUCACUUUGAAACCGUCGCUGCAGCAGCACAACGUAGCAUCAUUUAUGACUCUCCCCUCCGAAUACAAGAUAUCUCUUCUACAACAGAUCUGUGGAGUGGUUUCAGAACGAACUGGUCGACUGUGCACUAGGUCUGUAAACUGUCCGCAACAUUCUGAAGAACAGAGACAGUCGUUGAGACGGAAACUACUUGAUCGUCCCUUGGACCUACCUCUGUCUUCACACAAGCGAAAGAGAGAUAGAGCAGAGAGUCCACCAGAUGAUGACUCUGAUGUAGUGAGCAGUAAUCAUCAUCACUCCCCAUCCGACUCUCCCCCUGCUGCCAUGGCAACGUGGGGCCCCUCCAAGAAACGCAAGAACAAGGCCGGGAAGAGGACAAAGAGGAGUAACCAUGGCAACAGCGGAUCGUCUGGUGUAACAACCACCAGCAGUAGACCAUUCUCAACUAUGUUCUAGUUAUUGGCGGCCCUAUUAGUGUGUGUGUGUGUGUGUUUAUAAUAUUAGAUGUCAGGGAAUCAAAAACUUGA